CAUCGCAUCGUACGACUCGCUACUUGUAGUUCCAUUUUCAGUUUUAAUUUGAUAAACUACAUUAUUUUUAAUGUGAACUUAAUUUGUGUCAAAAGUAUUGAAAUCCUAAACUAACAUGUAAAUGUAAAUUUUCGAAUAUGAGUUUAUGACAGACCUUACAGUAAGUUACGAGACGAAAUGUCGAAGGCCGUGCUCAUUCCGGAGUGCAAUAAGGAUAUUGGGGGUGUGAAAGAAGAAAUAUGUAUAUCGCCAACUGAUAAAAAAGAUGGGGCGAUAGGCUUGUUUAGUAGGCUUUUAAGAACUUCCAGCAGAGUGGCCACUAUUGGAAAGAGACUAAGUUCUGAGAGUCCAACAUCUACAGACCCUUCGAUCAGCUACUAUGCUGUCUACAUACCAGCUGAAAUAGAAAAGGGACCCAUUGAUGAAUCUCUACUUGUCUACAAAAAUAAAUCUGACGCUAUGGUACUUGUACGUCUGCACAAAUCUGCCAGAUUCAAGAUGUUCAGGUCCUACAAGGAUGCUGUAGCUUUUGCUUUAAGAGGAGCCGAACCAACUGACACCCAUUCAUUAUAUGAAGGACAUGAAAACUCAUUAAUAGGUGAAAAACCCUAUCCAUUCAAGGCUCCAUCUCCUCAAGACAUGGUGGCGCUCCGGAAGGCGAUAGAGGCGGGGCUGGCGUGCACUGUACGAGACCGCGUGUGGGAUAACCCGAGAUACCUCGUCAGCAGUGGGAAUACACCCGCUAUCGUGCAAGAAGGAGCUCGAUAUAACGCACUUCACAUAGCAGCGAAGGCGAUGAACGCUGAGAUCUGCAACCUAAUACUGACCACAGUGGGCAAUCCGACCUUCGUGCAGACGUUAUACGGAAUGGACGCGGACCCUGAAUCCUGCAAGGAAUUCGCGUCAAUACUAGUGGAUAGAUAUCUGAACACCCCCGAUAAGGCGAUGAACGAGACGCCCCUCCACUUCGCCGCUAAGUUCGGAGCCGAAAACGCUGUGGACGUCCUGACGUCGUUCCCGCAGUGCAACAAGACCGCCAAGAACAAGCACGGGGAAAUGCCGAAAGAUAUAAUCUGCAGCCGCUGCGCGUCCCCCCCCGCCGACAGCUGCGCGCGCAUCCGCCGCCUGCUGCAGGAGCGCUACUACGUGCCCGUGCUGCACGCCGACGACGGCAGCGGAGCGCCCACCAUCGGCCGACCCUUCACACCCGCGGACCCCCCCGACUUGAACCAGGAUCCUCUAUCCCCUCGAUAUGAGAUCCGCGCUUUCGCCGGACCAAUGGAGGCCAACGAUGCAGAGUCCUUUCGACGACGCUGGAAGACUCCGCCGAGGUCUGCGAAACCGACCUUCAGGCUUAAGGAAAUGACUAAGGGAUUAGAGACGGUUGGAAGAACCCUGGCAGAGCAGAUGAAAGUGGAUUGGAAGGAAUAUUGGCCAUUUUUAGACACGUUCACAGAUCUCCGAUCACCAGAGGGCCUCUCACUUUUGGAGAAUUAUCUCAAAGCCAAAUAUGAAACGGCUUGCUCAUUCGCGUACAGCGACAGCAUUCAAUCUAAAUAUCUAGCAGAUGAUCUGACCAUCUCAAAAAUCAGCCUAGGAAAUCUAUCUCAGCAAAGCAUAGCCAAUACGAUCCUCAGUCCAAUGUCCGAACUUUGCGUUGCCAUGAAGACGUGUCAGUUAGCGGACAAAUCGUCGCACUGGAGGGAGAAGGAGCCGAUCAGGCAGAGACUGGGCAGACAACCGAACCCAAAGCCGCUGAUACCGAACGGCGAGUCCACCCCCACCUCGAACCACACAGUCAGUAGACUGCUGUGUAUAGAGCGGACGUGCCAAGUCUUCGCCAAACGUAUCGCGGACGCUUUAAUAUUCUCGCUGACGGCUGAGCCGGAGGUCGCCGGAGAGUCUCUCAAAUCCGAAGCGAAACAUCUCCAGCACACGAUAUACACUUACAUGGACGACGAACGCUUCCGGACCAUCGACUUCGCUCGCAUACACUCGAGAUUAGCUCAGCUCGUGGUCUUUAAACUGAAGCAACAGACCGGAGAUUUGGACGAUAUCAACAGUUUAGUGGAAUUUCUGGUGAAAUUGAGAUGUCCCAACGACGAUAUUUUUAGUUCGGACGAUGAGAGGAAGCCGUUUACGUACAGGACGCACAGAGUUAAGGUGAACCACGUGAUAGACGGACAUGUUAGGUGCUUAGCGAGCUUCAUAUGUGAGGAGCUGACAGAGGCGGUUGUCACGAAGGCACCGGCGGUCUCUGAGACCGAGUGCACGGAAAUAUGGGAGAAGGCCGAAAAAUGUAGGUGCGACUGGACGAUAGAAGUGUUCGAGAGAAAUAGCAAGAAAAAUGCUUCGUUCAGAAAGAACAGGUCGAUGUUGUCAACGAGUCCGAAGAGUGAGAGCUUUAUUAGGAGGCUCACGUUCGAUCACGACAUUGGAGAUGGUAAAACGCAACAGAACGAAGUAGAGAAGCCCGUCAGCGUGAACUCGCCUGCCGGUGACAGCGCGCCCGUGCUGUUCAGCGUCGACGUCGCCAAGUGCCAAGUUCUCGAAGCGGAGAUUUCCGACGACGACUCUAUCGUGUCGUGUCAAUCAGAAAGUGAAGAAGCGUACCAAACAGCCUCCGAACAACCUACACAAGACUCGGAGGAGGAAAAAGAGGACCAAAUGCAAGAUGCCAGCGACCGAGCUGUAACUGAACCUUUCAUAUAUGGGGAAGAGCCAACGAAAAUGGAUCGGCUAGUCUUCGAGGCCAUCAAGGAUGUUCAGAUCUCUCAUGACACCUAUCCCAACGUAUUCCGCUGGAGGCACACAGUGGCUUUGUACUCGCCAAGUGAGAGAGACGGCUGGUUGUUGCCGAGCGCGGACGACAGCGUGUCUUGGGUGGGCUCCCCGAGGGUGGCGAGCAGCUCCCCGAGGGUGGGGAGCAGCCCUCCGCGGGGGGGCUGCAGCACGCCGCGGGGGGGCUGCAGCACGCCGCGGGGGGGCUGCAGCACGCCGCGCCGCGAGCGACACACGCCCGUCACGCUUCAGAUGUCGAACUGGCUCCGGGUGACCGGACCCAACUCCCCACGAUCAGCGCUCGCGACUAAAAACGUUGGGCACAAUGUUAGUUUUGGUUUUUGAAUAAUCCUUCUUAACUGCCAUUUUAUUUUUUAUGACAUAAUUAUGACAGCUAUAAUUAAUAAUUAUGCAAGUAAUUCGGGAAUAUGAGGUAGCUUCCCUAUUUUUCUUUUCAUUUGUAUUACUUUUUAAUUAUGUUUAGAUGAGAAAAAAAUAUGUUGUAAUCUCGUCUCAAAUGUAAUGUUUUCUUGGUGAAGUGUAAUUGGCAAAACUUGCUAUUAUACAAUACUGUUUGAAAAACUUUUAUGCUAUCAAUCAAGACCAAAUAAAAUAUAUGGAUAGGAUUUAACAUAGUAACUCUUCAGUUCUUUAAAAUAUUCAACGAACGCAAAACUAUUUGCUAAACAAAUGACAUUGCUGAUAAGAACAUAAAGAUAAAAAAAUGACAUAUAAUACUGCCAUAUUCAUAUUUUGAUAAUGUAGCAUAAUAAAAUGUUUCAUUUCGUAUUGUCCGUAUGUUACCGCCUUAUACUACUGUUUUAUGUUUUUCUUGUGAGUUGUAGAGGUCCACAAAGAGAAUGAUCGUGUAAACUUCUAUAUUGGUUAUAGUGUCUGUAAAUUUUAUAUAGAAAUUAAAAAUUAAAGAUAAUACGUUCUUAGGUAAAGUAUUGUGACGCGUGAAACGCGACAUAGGGAAUUUAUUAAAAAUGAAAAAAAAUCGUUUACAAUCUGUAGUACGCUAGUUUGAAUAUUCAUAACGUUUUUAUUUAAACAUUUUUCGUAAUAAUUCUCACAUUAUUUUAUACACUCACCAAUCAUUAAUAACAAUAAAUUUAAAGUACGACUUUAAUAAUUGUUGCGAAAUUAUCAUAAAACAUGAAAAAUAUGUCAAUCGAACAACAUUUUGAUAUUAUUUAAAUACAAUGGGAUGUAUAUUUUGCAACUAUUAUUAUUGAUAAGAAAUUUACAUCACAAGAUAUUAGAAUUCACAUUAAAUUACUAAAUUAAGACAAAUAUUUUAUGUAAAAGAUAAUCUCAUAUUUUAUAGAUUUAUGUUUGUGGACUAAUUUUUAUUUUGACUAUGUUUUUUUAACGUCUACUUGUGUGACGAUAACGACCUCGGUCAUGGCUGGAUUAAGUUGCGCAGAGGCAGGUCCCUCAACAGUACAAGUCUCUAGUAUAUGCCUUCUAACCGUUUAAAUAUUUUUUACAAAGUUAAUUAAUAAUUAACUAUUUGCUGUUUUACUGUGGGACCCAUCUGCAUAUUUUUUGCCUAUAAUUUAAUCCGCCCCUGCCUUUGGUAGUUUGAUUUGUGGAAAAAAAAGUCACGUGUUGAUUUAUGUUCAAAUAUAAUUUGUGUAAUGUCAGAUUUGUUUCUUCUGUAAUCUUUUUAUGCAUUUCAAUCAAAGUACAAUUCCAAGUUAUCCGUUUGUAUGACAAUAACGAUAUAAUAUUAAGCAUUUAUUAUUAUUUCAUAGUUUCGUCUGGUCGCCAAAUGUUAAUAAAUGGAGUGUUACACUUAUUAUAAUAAAAUAAAUAUUAGAGAAUGUUUGUACUUUUAUAUCGAAGAUAAAUUUAUGUA